UAUUUAAUUAGGAAUUUUUUUAUUAAAUGAUGUUCAGCCUUUUUUCUAUCACUUUUUGUUGACUUAUUUUUUGUUUCUUGUUUGGGUUUUUUUUGUUGGUAUAACAAAUGCAAAACGAAUUUGUUAUCACACUUCGAAUUUAAUUUGUGUGUAUGUAUUCCUUUUCUAUUUAGAGGCGAUGAUUUGUUUAGAGAACACAAUAUUAGGCACAAUUAGUGGUUUUCCCUUUGAAAUAAAAUCACUAUUAAUUAAAUAUCUAAGAAUCACUUCAAUAAAUGCUUUUAUUUUUCUUUAAACCGGUUUCUUCCUUCGCAAGCUUCAUUUGUUAUCGAGAGCAACUUAAAUAUCUUCAGAUUUAUUGUGCAUAUUUGAAUGCAUCAUUUUACGAGACGAGAUUAGUUGGAUCCGCUUUUGUUAUAAGUAAGAAUGCUGCACAAUGGAUACCGACUACGAAGUCCUAAUCAAUGUCACAUCGGAAUAUGCGUACUUGUGUCAAUUGUUAACUUCUUUAGAUUUAAAGCUUUCGCUAGACCUUUUCUAUUCAAUUUAUGUAGGAAAUUUUUUAAAGGUUUAUACACCACAAUCAUUCUUAUUAAACCGAAUACAUUAUGCAAAUUUAUCGCAAAUUGAUGUGAGAAAGCACUAGAGUUUUUAACGCUCUUUCUUUUGCAAUAUGAAGGCAGGACUGGCAACAUUGCAGUAUUUACUCAAAAUGACUUGCGAACAUAUAGCUAAAAGUUUAAAAUUCGAAAACGUCAAUUUGCAACACUCUUUUAAAGUUCACCCGUUUAAAGCAACCAUUUCCUCUCAUAACAUAUCCAAAAAUUUUCUAAAAACAUUAUGUCUAUAUACUACAGUGGAACUUUAACACGUUCUUCUGGUAUUGUUUCGGCAAUCGGAAAGGAAUUAAAGCGAGUUAAUUUAAAAGGAGUGAAACGUAUAACAGUUACUUUUGAUCCCUUUGCAGCAAACGUUAAGUCAACGAGGGAAUUUUUAUUUCUGCUAUCGGUUCCGCGGGUGACACAGAGCAACCCCAAUUGCUUGCUAAAAACUGAUGUUGUAUGUAAUCGUCAGCAACCCAAGAUUAAAUUUUCCUUAAUCGAAUCAGCUCAAGAACACUUGAAGGUAAAAGAUAUCCAAUUUCUGAGCAGUAACUUAAACACUCUGGAACUUUUGCAGUUGUGUAACAAAUACUUAUCGGUAUUAGCUCCAGAGGAAGAGGAAAAAUUAUCAGCAGUUACCAAAUCUGCAGCAAAGGCAUUCAAAAAAAAAGAAAGACGAUAAAAUUUGACUGGAAGAACAUUCGCCGUUAAGAGAUACAAGCAAUAAAAAUAAAAACGUAAGAAAUGGCCCGUCAGCAUAAAGGCACAUUGGCGGUUAUCGAA